AUGGCACCAAUGGACUGCCUUGCAUAUAGCAAAGCCCUAUUGAAGCCAUUGGCUUUUUCUUUUGCAUCCGGAAGCUCUUUACCUACUUGUGAUACAUGGUAUUUCAGGAAUGCUUAUAAUAUGGUGCUGCACAAAUUUGGAGAGAAGCUCUACUCUGGACUUGUGUCAACUAUGACAUUACAUCUAAAAGAAAUAUCAAAAUCCAUUGAGGUUGCUCAGGGAGCUUCAUUUCUGGAAGAGCUGAACAGGAAAUGGGCAGACCACAACAAGGCAUUGCAAAUGAUCCGAGAUAUAUUAAUGUACAUGGACAGGACUUUUAUCCCGAGUACGCACAAAACACCAGUACACGAUCUUGGGUUGAAUUUGUGGAGGGACAAUGUUAUCCACUCUAGCAAAAUCCAGGCGAGGCUUCGGGGUACGCUUCUUGAACUUGUCCGGGGAGAAAGGACUGGCGAAAUUAUAAACAGGGGUCUGAUGAGGAAUAUAAUGAAAAUGCUAAUGGAUUUAGGUUCUCUUGUUUACCAAGAGGACUUCGAGAAGCCUUUUAUUGAAGUCUCUGCUGAUUUUUAUCGUGUGGAAUCUCAGCAGUUCAUCGAGUGCUGUGAUUGUGGGGAUUAUUUAAAGAAGGCUGAGAAACGUCUUAAUGAAGAGAUUGAGAGAGUGUCACAUUACCUGGAUGCAACAAGUGAAGCCAAGAUAACUAAGGUGGUGGAAAAGGAGAUGAUUGAAAAUCACAUGUCAAGAUUGGUCCAUAUGGAGAACUCAGGCUUGGUUAAUAUGAUAAUGGAUGACAAAUAUGAUGAUUUGGGAAGGAUGUACAGCUUGUUUCACCGGGUGUCUAAUGGACUUUCAAUUCUCAGAGAUGUUAUGACUUCUCACAUUCGGGAAAUAGGUAAGCAGCUAGUCACCGAUACAGAAAGGUUAAAGGAUCCGGUAGGCUUCGUGCAGCAACUCUUGGAUGAAAGAGAUAAACAUGACAAGAUUAUCAGUUUUGCAUUUAACAAUGACAAGACAUUUCAGAAUGCUUUGAAUUCCUCAUUUGAAUAUUUCAUUAAUUUGAAUCCUCGAUCACCAGAGUACAUUUCUUUGUUUGUGGAUGAUAAGCUCCGGAAAGGACUGAAGGGGGUUAGUGAGGAGGAUGUGGAGAUUGUGCUAGACAAGGUGAUGAUGCUUUUUCGCUACCUUCAAGAGAAAGAUGUGUUUGAGAAGUAUUACAAGCAACAUUUGGCAAAGAGGCUUCUUUCUGGGAAGACUGCAUCCGAUGAUGCAGAGAGAAGUUUGAUCGUUAAGCUGAAAACUGAAUGUGGGUAUCAAUUUACGUCAAAGCUGGAAGGUAUGUUCACUGAUAUGAAGACCUCCCAAGAUACAAUGCAGGGGUUCUAUGCAGCCAUGGGUCCUGAGAUAGCAGAUGGCCCCAUGCUAACCAUCCAGGUCCUUACUACAGGAUCUUGGCCAACUCAGUUGAGUGCCCCUUGCAACCUUCCUUCAGAAAUCCUGGGAUUGUGUGAUAAGUUCCGAACAUAUUAUCUUGGAACCCAUACUGGGCGGAGAUUGUCCUGGCAAACUAAUAUGGGGACUGCUGAUUUGAAAGCCACAUUUGGGAAAGGCCAAAAGCAUGAGCUGAAUGUUUCCACGUACCAGAUGUGUAUUCUUAUGCUGUUUAAUAAUGCUGAUAUGCAUGGUUAUAGGGAAAUCGAACAGGCAAUGGAGAUACCAGCAUCCGACUUGAAGAGGUGCCUGCAGUCUCUGGCCUGUGUUAAGGGGAAGAAUGUUCUCCGGAAAGAGCCCAUGAGCAAGGACAUUUCUGAGGAUGAUAGUUUCUUCUUCAAUGACAAAUUCACAAGCAAGCUCUACAAGAUAAAAAUUGGUACUGUUGUUGCACAAAAGGAGUCUGAACCAGAAAAGCAAGAAACCCGGCACAGAGUGGAGGAGGACAGGAAGCCCCAGAUUGAGGCGGCAAUAGUGAGGAUCAUGAAGUCUCGGCGGGUGCUGGAUCACAAUAACAUUGUUGCUGAAGUCACAAAGCAGAUGCAAUCAAGAUUCCUACCAAACCCAGUUGUAAUAAAGAAAAGGAUCGAGUCUCUAAUUGAGCGGGAAUUUUUAGAGAGGGACAAGGUUGAUAGGAAGUUGUAUCGUUACCUGGCUUGAAGAAAACCACUCACCGUUGCGUGACUCUGUCAUUUUGUUGGGGUUCUUUUUGCCCUCGGCUGGAUGAAGUGUAAGAUGGAAUAUUGUUCUUGAAUUACCGCAGGUCAGAUUUAUUUUUAAUGGACGUUUUCUAUGCCUCUUUCUCUUUCC